AUGACCAGCCUCUCGAUACUACUGAUUUUGGCUGUUGCACAAGCACUCCUUUGCCAGGCGUCACCGGUCUAUCAGGGACUGGAAGUAGAGCAUGAUAUGGACGACCCGAAUUUGAGCGGAGUAAAUGCGAAACAGGAGGAGAAGGAAGAUGAGAAAAAUGCCAGUGAAAGAGAAGAUGAACUGACGGCUGAGUACGACGAGGGUGUCAUCCACAUACCGAGCCCAGAAUUUCCCUCUGUAGUGUUGGAAAACUCGCAAUUCCAAACGGGGCAGGACCGCCUCUGUAAUGAGUCCGGAAAUGAGCGAACCCAUUGGCGUGCCCUUCACCUGUUCGUAGAUAGUUCCGUUGAAGUUGAAGUACGCCUUGAGUCAGAACUUUAA